AUGCCCGUUGACUUUUUAGCCAGUGUUGUCAUAGAUGGACCACAAGCCAUCCCUUAUUGGGAUCAAAUCAAGGAGCAUGCACCAACGGUAUUACCUAUAGUUGCCAGUAUCGGUGCUGCAAAGUAUUAUUUCCGUGGAGCUACAAAUACUUGGGAGAGAGACAUGCAUGGCAAAGUGUAUAUGAUUACUGGUGGAACAAGUGGGAUAGGUGCUAGUAUAGCCUACGAGUUGGCGCAAAAAGGUGCGCAAUUGAUCUUUCUUACGAGAAGAACCAAUGAUCUUUGGCUUGCUGAAUAUAUUGAAGAUCUUCGUGACCAAACAAGCAAUUCCUUGCUAUAUGCCGAGGAAUGCGAUUUGAAUUCACUAUACUCGAUUCGUAAAUUUGUUACUAAAUGGCUAGACAACCAGCCGCCAAGAAGAUUGGAUGGUGUUAUUUGUUGUGCUGCUGAAGCCAUUCCACGAAAUAGCCAGCGUCAGAUUACGGUGGAUGGUGUUGAAAAACAGAUUGGUAUAAAUUACUUGGGUCACUUCCAUUUGUUGACUUUGCUCGAGCCUAGUUUGAAAGUGCAACCUCCAGAUAGAGAUGUUCGAGUAUUGAUUGCCACUUGCUCAUCACAAAACUUGGGCGAAGUUGAUCUUGAAGAUUUGCUUUGGGAAAAUAAAAGAUAUCCCGUGUCGCAACCUUGGAAGUUGUAUGGUACUUCGAAAUUGCUACUUGGGUUAUUUGCCAAGCAUUAUCAAAGGCAAUUGAUGGCAUUUGAACGUAAGGACCAGGCGCCAUGUAAUAUUAGGAUCAAUAUGGUGAAUCCGGGCUUGGUGCGUUCACCUUCGACCAGAAGGUUCUUGUCGAUGGGUACGAUAUGGGGGUUGAUUUUGUAUGUGCUUUUAUUCCCCAUUUGGUGGUUAUGUUUGAAGAGUGUUGGUCAGGGAGCGCAAACAUUCUAUUUUGGAUUAUUUGCACCUAUUUUCCCCAAGAUCGAGGGUGGGAAUAUUUUGCAGGAGUGUAAGAUUGUGACCAAGCUGAGAAGGGAGUAUUCAGACGAAGAAUUGCAAGAAAAGGUUUUCCACAAUACGCAAGAAUUGAUCAAGAAAUUGGAAACACAGUCAGCUAUGGAGAGGAACAAAAAUAAGUCUAAGGAAGAGCUUUUAAAAGAAAAAGAAGAGAAGCUUAAGAAGAAGCGAGAUCUCAAUAUCCAACCAAAGUCAACUGAAGAGUUGGAACACAAAUUGGAUGCAUUGAGGAGCCAAAUUGGAAUAGGGACAAGCUCAGGUGUCAAAAGCAAUGGCGCAGCUGAAGAGCUUCCACUUUUCCCCGAUGAAGAGGCAUUGAAGAAUGCACGAUCUACUGCGAGAAGUAGCGGUGCUGGUACUACUUUGACAAAAGGAGCUAAUGGUAAAGGUAAUAGUAAACAAAAGGGCAAAAAGAAGACAUAG